GACCCCUCGCGGACGUGAACACACUGCCGCCCCUCAGCCCGUCAUGUUGCGACGCGCCGCGUAAAACUUUACCGCCGUGCGCGUGCAUCCCUAAAAGAUGAUCGUCUCGCACGAGUAUUUCGCAUUUGCCAAAAAUGUUUUCUAACUAAUACCAUGAAUGGUGUAAGUCUGUUCUGUCUGGUUGUGUGCUUUUUCCCAUUGUUGGAAAGCGCCACAACCCCACAGGAAGAACAACAGCACACCGCAAUCAAUGGCAAUUUUAUGAUCGGUGCUCUUUUUCCCAUCCACCACAUGCCGCAGAGCAAACAAGGCCGGAAACAGAGCUACGGGAUCAAAUGCGGUGAGAUCCGUGAACAAUACGGAAUCCAACGUAUUGAAGUAGCUCUUCAUACAAUUGAUAAAAUCAACGAUGAUCAGACAAUCUUGCCCAACAUCACAUUGGGAAUAGAAAUCCGUGAUGAUUGCUGGUAUGCUCCUGUGGCGUUGCAACAGAGUAUUGAAUUAAUACGUGAAACCAUUGCUCCUGCAUCCAUACACCAUGACAGUUGUUUGAACAUUACUGGAUCACCAAGAAUUAAAAACGCAAAAGGACCUUUGAUUGGUGUUGUUAGUCCUGGCAGUAGUUCUGUGGCAUUGCAAGUGCAGAAUCUUUUGCAAUUGUUUCACCUACCUCAGAUCGGAUACUCUACGACGUCAAAGGAUCUGUCCGAUAAGAGUCGCUUCAACUAUUUUUUACGCGUGGUGCCGUCGGAUUACUUCCAGGCGCAGGUGAUGCUCGACGUUGUGCGUUUUCACGAGUGGACGUAUGUAUCCAUAGUCAAUACGGACGAAAACUACGGCCAGUCAGGAAUCCAGGCAUUUCGUGAGCUUGCUGAAGAAGCAGAUGUCUGCAUAGCACGAGAAGAUUCCGUGUUAAGUAAUUCGCCGGAAGAUACCUUCGACAAGGUGAUCAUCAACCUUCGACAGGACCCGAAUGCUUACGUAGUGGUCUGUUUCUGCGAGGGUUUUACUGUGCGGGGAUUGCUUGCUGCAACGAAGCGCCUCAACAUGAGCAACCACUUUCUAUUCAUCGGGAGUGAUGGUUGGGCUGAUAGAGCUGACGUAACUCAAGGAUUAGAAGAACAAGCAUGGGGCAGCAUCUCAAUUAGAAUACACUCUCCGUACGUCAAUGACUUUGAUAACUAUUAUUGGGGAUUGACUCCUUCAAACAAUGCUAGAAACCCGUGGUUCAAUGAGUUCUGGCAGUUUCGUUUCGGUUGCACCUUGCCGGACGACGCCACAUCAAACAGAAUUGAUUUAACCCCCACAGAAAGCACGCAGGAUGAAUUUGAUUCUAACGAAAACAUGAAUUCAACUAUGUCUUCAUCUACCGUCAAAGGAAAUCAGAUUCCGGAAGUAAAAAAUGAAAAAAAGAGAAUUUGUACAGGGCGUGAGGAUCUCAGUGACGGAUACCGACAGGACCCGAAGUUGAGUUUCGUCAUCAAGGCGAUCAACAGCUUCGCUUAUGGUUUGCAUAACAUGCAGCAGGAUCUCUGCGGUCAGGAUUUUAUCGGCAUGUGCGAUAAACUGUUACCCUUUAAUGGAUCUCUUUUUAAGAACUAUUUGCUGAACGUGUCUUUUGACUACCACGGGGAUCCGGUGGAGUUCGACGAGAAUGGCGAUCCUCCCGGACGCUACGAUAUCAUGAACUAUCAGCGGCUCGGCGACGACACUUAUGAUUACGUGCACGUCGGUGACUGGAAUAAUAGGAGCUUGGGUUGGGUGAAGCCGGUGCAGUUUGGACCGCGCGCAGCUGUUCAUUCGGUGUGCUCGCAAAAAUGUCCCAUGGGGCAUUACAAGAAUAUACAACUUGGUGGGAAGGAUAAAAGAUGUUGCUGGGUGUGUGUCAAAUGCCCAGCUGGUGAGAUCCUUGACCAAGCAUCGGAUUCUCUGAGAUGUGAAAAGUGCCCAUUGGGGUUUUCCCCAGAUGCAAAUCAAACAGUUUGUCUGCGUUUGGACAUUGUCUAUACCCAAUGGUUUGAUACCCAAGCAAUUGUAGCGAUGGUCUUUGCAUCCUUGGGUUUUGUAACCACUUGGUUCUCGUUAGCCAUCUUUGUUUUGUACAAUAACACACCCGUUGUAAAAUCUUCCACAAAAGAACUCUCCUACAUCAUACUGGUCGGUAUGAUGUUAUCACAUGGAUCAAUUUUCGCCAUAUUGGCUAAACCUUCUCUAAUCAGUUGUGCCCUAACUCGUUUUCUCCCCGGAUUAAGUUUUGCGAUGAUAUACGCAGCUUUGCUAACAAAAACCAAUCGGAUAGCAAGAAUAUUAGCUGUUUCUAAGAAAUGCUUCCCAACUAGAAAACGUCUCUUCAUGUCCAGCGCGUCUCAGGUGGUCAUAACCACAAUGCUUAUUGCAAUUGAGUGUCUGAUAUCAAUCUGGAUGCUUUUCUAUCAGCGCCCAGAUAUAGCCCAUAGUUACCACUCGAAUAAAACAGUUCUAGAAUGUAAUACAACCCCUGAAGGAGUGGUCACACCUCUUGCUUUUGACUUUUUUCUAAUUUUAUUGUGUACACUAUACGCGUUGAAGACCCGUAAUGUCCCUGAAAACUUCAACGAAGCCAAGUUCAUCGGUUUUGCAAUGUAUACAACCUGCGUGAUUUGGAUAGCAUUCGUCCCAAUUUAUUUCGGUAGCGAUUCUAAAGUAAUCACAAUGUGUAUGUGUGUUACUCUAAGUGCCACAGUCACAUGGACAUUCCUCUUCAUUCCAAAAUUGUACAUUAUUAUUCUAAGACCCGAAAGGAAUAAUCGCUCAUAUUUUACAACCAGUAAAAGUAUCCGAUGUCAUAUUGGCUCCAAAGUUUCUACAGCAGUAUCUACAAAGAGUUCCGUCAAUAGUUGGAGGGAUAAUCCAUCAGCUACUUCAACUACAACUACGCUUGCUGUUGCUAAUCAACAACAACAGAAUAUUAAAGAAACAGCACCACAUCAAAGGUCAUUUGCUUGUCAAACCGGUUUGGAGCUAUUGCAGGUCCUUUUAAGUCCCAAAAUAUUGAUGGAUACUUAUUCCCCAAAGAAGACGGUGGUUCCCCGCAUCACAGAAAGGAAUUGUUGUGAUGCACCAAGUUGUUGCUAUAAAAAGAUCACCAUACGACUGCCGGAAUCUUCCGACGCAUAAAUAACCAAACGAAAACAUUGUGUUCAUAAACGACGAAGAACACCACAAAAAUCAAUCAAUUGUAACAAUAACAAGUUUAAGGACCAAUUAUCCGCAACUCAAUGGAUCAAUAUAGAUGAAUAUCCAAACCGAAAUCAAAAUCAACGACAGCGUAAUCAUUAUUUUUAAUGAGGAUAUCCCACUAGAAAAAUAAACACAUGAACCAAACAAA